AUGUCCACCCGUAAGAGAAAGCAAGAGCUCGAAGAGGAGGAGGAGCUCCAAGCUCUCCCUAGCGAUGAGAGUGAGGAAGAGGAAGAAUACCAAAGCACCGAUUUAGGCGAAAGCGGAGGUGAAGAAGGAAGCGAGGAGGAAGAAGACGCCUCCGAAGAAGAGCCAGAGGAGGAAGAAGAACAACAGGAAGCCCCUCCCGCCACCAAAAAGCGAAAGACCGCCCCCCCACCGAAAGCCGAGGAUGAGGCUGAAGGUGAAGAAGAUGAGGUAGAAGGCGAGGCGAACGGCAAAGCCGACGAGAACGGCCUCGAUGAGGAAGAAGAUGAAGACGCCGAGGCCGAGGCUGAAGGCGAAGACAACGAGGAGGCCGACGAGACGGCGAAGACCAGUGUCCCCGCUGCCAAGGUCAAGGAUGAUGCUCCCGCGGAGGAGGCCACGGCGACUGCGGAGGCGAAGGCUUGA